UGGACUCAUCGCUGUGAUGAAGGACGCUUGGUGUGUUUGAAGAUCAGCGUGCGCGGUGACACGCCUGAAAAGCAAAUCGCGUCCCCUUUCACUCACACGGUACUUCCUGAUAUAAGGUUGCGCCUCAGAUUGUGUCAUGCAACGGGGCAUUCGCACUCAAAACAAGCCGAACAAAGAUCUUUCGGGCUGUCUUCCCCGUUUCUCACAGAGCAGUUAAAGAAACGACUUUUGCAGACAGGGUGUGUAACCUUGGCAAACAAAAUGGACUACAGGAGUGCCUUGGAGGUGUAUAAGGAGAUGGUGCUGCUGUACAUAGGGGAGGCUCGACACUUUGUGAAUUCUCAAUGUGCUGAUCUGGAGCCAUUGCAGAUCAUUGCGACCACUUUGCUGUGCACACUUGGUGCGGUCUGGCUAAAGGAUUUCCUUUUCCAAAAAGAGAGUCUGAUAUCAAGGGUAAAGAAGCAGUUCUUUAAAAUCAUCAGAAAAGUCCCAUUUAUUGGAGCAACAAUUCAGAAUCAACUCAACAAGGCAUUAGAUGACAUGUCGAUGAGUCUAUGCACGCUGAAGGAAGGCAUGUGCUACACUAAACUCCUACCAGCACAGGGCCUCACCCACAAACAGCUCCUCGACAAGAUCAGGGAGUAUGAGACACUGAGUGAAGUAGACUGGGCGAAAGGCAAAGUGUCAGGCGCAGUCUACUGGGGGGAUGAGAAGCUCACAGAUCUCUUGGUAAAGGUAUAUGGUGAGUUUGCCUGGAGCAAUCCCCUCCACCCAGACCUGUUCCCUGGGGUCAGGAAGAUGGAGGCAGAAGUGGUGCGGAUGACGUGUGCCCUUUUUAAUGGAGGGCCAGAUUCCUGUGGCACAGUUACUUCAGGUGGAACAGAAAGCAUUCUGAUGGCAUGCAAGGCGUACAGAGACAUGGCUCAUGAACGUGGCAUUAAACACCCAGAGAUUAUUGCACCCGUGAGCGUCCAUGCAGCGUUUGACAAAGCAGCACAUUAUUUUGGGAUGAAGCUCAUUCACAUACCUCUAGACAAGAAGACCAUGAAAGUCGAUGUGAAGGCAAUGAGAAGGGCCAUCUCUAGAAACACUGCAAUGCUGGUGUGUUCCGCUCCUCAGUUCCCCCAUGGAAUUAUGGACCCUGUAUUGGAAGUGGCGAAGCUUGCAGUAAAAUACAACAUCCCAUUCCAUGUGGAUGCAUGCUUGGGUGGGUUCCUGAUCAUUUUUAUGGAAAAGGCAGGUUUCCAACUUGAUCCCUUUGAUUUCCGGGUCAAUGGUGUGACCAGUAUCUCAGCUGAUACACAUAAGUAUGGUUAUGCUCCCAAAGGCUCCUCAGUGGUGCUCUACAGUGACAAGAAAUUUCGCCACUACCAGUAUUUCGUAGCACCUGAUUGGCAGGGAGGAAUUUACGCGUCUCCUUCCAUGGCUGGCUCUCGGCCUGGAGGCAUAAUUGCUGCCUGUUGGGCUACUAUGAUGCACAUGGGUGAGAAUGGAUAUGUUGACGCCACCAGGAAAGUCAUCGGGACUGCCCGCAAAAUCAAAGCAGGAAUCCGUAAAAUAGAUGGGAUGUUUGUAUUCGGGGAUCCAGAAGUGUCUGUGGUGGCUCUAGGCUCUGAUGUUUUUGAUAUCUUCCGCUUAUCUAAUGCACUGACUUCAAAAGGCUGGAAUCUCAACACUCUGCAGUUCCCAUCUAGCAUCCAUAUUUGUGUCACAAUGCUACACACACAGCCUGGUGUAGCUGAGCAGUUCAUCAGUGAUGUGAAGAGAGAAGUAGCCAUUAUCAUGGAGAAUCCUAAAGAGAGAACCACAGGGAUGGGAGCAAUCUAUGGCAUGGCCCAAUCCAUUCCUGACCGAACGAUGGUGACUGAGGUCUCACAGGGCUUUUUGGACUGCCUCUAUAGCACUGAGGUGCCCAAGAUACAGAACAAGCACCACAAAAACCAUAAGAACCACAUGAAUGGCAACUCUAAAGCGCACUGAGAUUGACUGUUGGGGUCUCCACCGUUAACUGACUUAAGGGAUGUUCACCGCAAUCAUCUAAUCAUUCAUUUACUAACUAACUCAUUUAUGUAUAAGCCAUAGUCACCUGAUAUUCUGGGAUUUGUGACUAAGGAGCGACAGUAUCUUGUCUGUAAGACUGUAGAGACCGGUACACAAGUGAGGGUCUGGGACAUAUUAAUUUAAUUUUGGUCACCAGUGAGUGCAGUUUUCCUUGUUUCAUUGGGUCAGUUUAUUAUUUUUAUGACCGAUGCACACCAUAUGUAUUUGAUCACAUUUCCACUAUUAUCUUUGGAAGUGUGCCACUUAAACUCAGGAUACCAGAGCACAAUCUUGUCACAAUGACUUUACAUUUUACAUGUUAUUAACAUUUCCCAGGAAUCAAAUAAUGCAGAUUCGAACCAAAUCCAUGAUACUAUCAACAUGGAUAAAUCAUGGAGCUAGGAUUAUAUAUAUUUGCUAUAUCUCCUCCUCUGUAGAAACUUUAAAACACAGCAGACGGUUUUCGGAUGGUAGUACUGCUCAGGUGAACCUGUGUUGCAAAUGUUUAUUUUAUUUCCUUCUUUUAAAUUCCCCGUAACUAGCAUAGAUUUGAUAAUCCAGUUUUAAAACAUUCAGCUAAUUUAAGAGAAAAUAUCUCUGAUUUUAAAUGACCUGUGGAAAAUGAUAUCAGGGCAAAACUUAACAAAUCCACCCAGCAGGUUGUGAAGUUCAAUAAUAUUUUCAGGUUCAAAUUCCCAUCCAUUUGGGUUUUCACAUUUCAUCCUAUCUACCUCAUACCUAAUAGUUAAAAUUAUUCAACACUUAUUGAUUGUUUCAGUUUUGUUUAAAUCCUGAGAAAUGUCAUGUGACUGGUAAUUUUAAUCAUCAGUCAAUGUCAUGUUCCAGGUUAUGGUACUCCAUGACAAGUGUUUUCAGAAAGUCAGACCUCCUUAAUUUGUGAGGCUUUCUUUUGUGUUUUGUAUUUGUUUGGGAUCUUUGUUCCAUCUUAACUCAAUUGAAUGAUAGUUAAGGCCUGGAACAGCAAAAAGGGACAUUAAUUUGUGUAUGAAGUCUGUGAUAUGAGGAUCACGAUGAUGACAUGGUACCAUGGAAACAUCACACCAGAUCUUGUCUGCAAUGUAAUGCCUUAAGCACUCAUAAUAUUUGUGACCACUGUGUGUGUUUUUACAUUUAAAAUCACUAAUAUAACGUCUCAUAUUUCAAUGUGUUUUUUUUUUUUAAUCAUUCAGUAAUUUCCAUGUACUUUUUUUAAGCCUCUUUUUGGGGUACUUCAAGUAGGAGGUAGGGCAGUGUUAUUUUGUAUGAUAACACUCUAGUACAGUAUAGUCUCAAGAACUGUAACAUGCCUUAGGCUAGGACGUAGAUGUGGAUAUUUGUUCUAACAGUUACCCUUCUUGCCUAAAUGAAGCAGUUUAAUGCCUUAAAGCAAUAAUCUGUAAUUACUGUAACUACUGAAACUGAGGCACUUUGAUCUGAUUUUUUUAAGCAUUAUAUGAACUUUACGGUUAUGGUUGUAUUAAGCACAACACUAACAGCAUUCACCUAAAUGCCUUCCACAGACGUCAGGGUGUGUGCUAUUAUGUUAACACACUAGCUACAUCAGCCUCAGGGACUAGACCUUUACCACGUCAUGCAGUCCAGUUUAGUUUUGUCCUGUAAUGUUUUUGUUGUUCCUAUAUAAAUCAAUAAACCUUGUCUUGAAAUAAA